GACAAAAGCCGACAUGUUACCAUUUGCUGUCGGAAGGGGCGAGGAAGGGUGUGACAUAUUUAGCGGGCGGUGGGUCCGGGACGAGGAAUCUCGACCGUUGUACAAUGAAUCAGACUGUCCGUAUCUACUUCCUCAACAAACGUGCUUAGCACAUGGCCGGCCCGAAAAAGAUUAUCUCUAUUGGAAAUGGCAACCACAUGGUUGUUCUAUACCAGGGUGAUUUAUAGAACUUCAGACUAUUUAUUUUUAUUGUGGAUUUCUUUUACUAAAUAUCUAAUUAGUUCUUCAAUUAAUAAAAUUUACAGUUUCAAUGCUUCCUUGAUGCUUGAAUCUCUUAGAGGAAAAAGGAUGAUGUUUGCAGGCGAUUCACUGAGUAGGGGACAUUUCUCUUCCAUGGUUUGCCUUCUUCAAAAGAUCAUUCCGCAGGAUGCAAAAUCCUUUGAAGAAAUUGGGCAAAGAACUAUUUUUACAGCAAAGGAAUACAAUGCAACGGUAGAAUUCUACUGGACACCAUUGCUUCUGGAAUCAAACGCAGACAAUCCGUUGAAGCAUAGAGUGGACGAUCGAAUUGUUCGGAAAGGUUCCAUUGAUAAACACGCACAACAUUGGAAGGGUGUUCACAUUUUAGUGCUUCAUACUUAUCUUUGGUGGUUUAAAGAUGAAUACUUCAAGAUACUAUUAAAAGGAUCAUUUGAAGAUGAGAUGAAAGAGACUACAUAUGUGCUUUCUGAAGAUGCUUAUCGAAUGGGUUUGGGGAGCAUGUUGAAAUGGGUCAACGAGAACAUCGAUCCAAAACAAACAAGAGUCUUUUUCACUGGCAUGUCACCUACACAUGGAAUGAGUGUUGAAUGGGGAGGUGAUCGAAAUGGCAAUUGUUUCAACCAAACAAGUAUGAUACAAGACCUAAAUUACAAAGGACCAAAAUCAUGGGAAAAGACGUUACGAGUAAUUGACGAGGUUCUUAGUGAGUCCAAAGGGGUGGUAAUAACCUAUCUCAACAUUACAAAGCUCUCAAAUUAUAGGAAAGAUGGUCACACAUCUAUUUAUAAGAAGCAAUGGGGGGCUUUGACUCCAGAGCAACUAGCCGACCCGGUAACCUAUGCUGAUUGUAUUCAUUGGUGUUUGCCUGGAGUUCAAGACACAUGGAAUGAGUUAUUGUUUGCUAAACUUUUUUAUCCUUGAAACUCAACUUGUAUUAUAUUUAUAUAUAAUUUAUUUAUGGCCUGCUAGUGUAUAUUAUUAACAACUUUACCUGUCU